CUCGAUAACGAAGCCUUCGACUGCAUUGGUUAUACCUGAGCAGUCACAAAUAUGUCAGCUUACGUUUUUCUGGCCGUUUUGGCCGUGAUUGCUGUACCCGCUUUGGGCGUUGAUCCAGAGGACCCGUUUGACACUUUGUGUGCUGAAGGCAGCAAAUGGCAUUUUUUUAUGGACAAAUUGACAUGGAAUGCUUCCCGAGAUUUCUGCAUCAGUAACGGUUGGCAACUUGCUAUCCUAGAUGCGAAACCAAAAGACAAGGCCGUUCGACAGCAUAUUUUAAAAGGCAACAUUGCUUUGAAAGCAGCUCCCGGCAAUGGUUAUUGGAUGGGAUGUGAAGAUCAAGGAUGUGAAGGUCAUUUCCAUUGGCUUGAGGGAAAUCCCCUUGAACGCGACGGCUACUCCAAUUGGUAUCAAGAUCCAAGAGGAAUAUAUAAUCAGCCCAACGACAAUCAUCAACUAGACGCGACGGGCCAAGAUUGCUGCCAAAUGUGGAAAGAACCACGAAAAAAGCCAGUUUUUGCCUGGGAUGAUGACUAUUGCUGGAAAAAGAAGGGGUUUAUUUGCGAGGAGACAGGGAUCGAUGAAUGUCUAACAAACAUUACAGAAGAUUAG